GGUAAUGAUGAAGGGAGGCUAUAAGAAUUUGAGCGGAACGAAUUUGAAGAUUUCCCAAGAUAAUUACAAAAGUACUGGAAGUGUUGAGCCCAUAAAGAAGACUGUGGAAUCCCAUUACACCAAACUAAUCAAGGCUAAACAGAAAGUAGGGGCUCAUAAUAAAGGAUACCAUCAAAGAACCGAAUCAAAAGAUGAAGAGUUGGAGAAAUAGCUUCAAUGAGAAGUUAAAACUUGAAAUGAAAGUUAAAACCCUUGAAGAAGAGCUAGAGAAACAAGCUGUCAUGAAUAAUAAUCUGAAUGCCAGGAUCAAGAUGCUGGAAUACCAUCUUGCCAAGAGUAUCAAUGGAAACGGUAAAAAGAAGUCCAAGAGUCAUAAGAAAAGAAAACGCGCAAUUCAUCACCAAAGAGGGUACUCUGAUAGCGUGCAUAACCCGUCGAAUUAUACAAUGAUAUCGCAUCACAAAAGAGGAUCCAGCGGAAGUGGAUCUAGUGGAAAUCAAUGGAAGAAGCUUUUCCUCACAGAAGCUUUUGAUGAUGGUUCUGACACAAUAAACUUCAUGACGGAUGCAAGCCACAUGAAAAACAAGGGGAGUUAUGACGGGAGUGGAACUAUUUACACUAAUGAGAGUAAUUAUAUGCAAGAGUCGACCACCAAGCACCUGACUAAGUCAAAGCAGCAGCCGAGCCAAGCUGCUAUUGUGACUAAAACUACUACAAUAACUACAACUCCAUUACAGAACUACAUUAGUUCUAAGCAUGGAAAGAGAGCUUCUAGUAUAAAGAACAAAAGGUGUUUCGACAAUGUUACUCAAAAAUAGAAAGUGGAUGGUAAAAGAGAGGAAUUGUUCCAAGGACCUAAACAUUAGUGAGAUCAAGGACACCGAAGAGUCCAAGUACUAUCAUAAUAUGCAUAAUAACAGUAUUGAAAUUGAGCAAAAGCCAGCCUCGCUCAUUAAGAAGACUAAGAACAGCAGUAUUUAUAAAACCCAGGAUCGGAUUCAAACUAAAAAGGAUGAUUCGCUCUUCGCAAAGGACAAGGCGGGAGAAAAUGAUAUUUUAGGAGGUCAAUCAACUCUGAAGAGAAAGCAAUGGAAGAUCAAAUAUUCUCUUAAAUGCCAUCUUGACUCAGUAAGGUCUCUGUACUUUAAUGCUAACAUGGGCGUCCUCGCAAGUGGAAGCGAAGAUCAUACCAUCAGACUUUGGAAGGCAGACAAUUUUUCAACUAGAGGCAUCGAAGAAGACUUUAUGUGCAAACAGCAGAUAGUAUCAUACAUGACUCUCAGAGGUCACAGAGACCCGUUAUUUACUAUUUCAGGGCCAGGAUCUUCCAAUAUUAACUCUAAUAAUAAGCUACUUUAUUCUGGAGGAAAGGGAGGUGAUAUAAGGAUAUGGGAAAUUCCAAGUCCUGUUUACUAUGACUCACUUGAAUCAACUCAUGAAAACCAGCAUUGAAUUGGAGUGAUUAACUACCACACUGAUGCAGUUUGGGACCUACAGCAUCACCAAACUGAGAAUUGAAUCCUUUCUCUCAGUUCUGAUAACAAGAUUGCCCUUUGGAAAACUCCUGGUGAAGACGAAAGACUAGAGAAUUUUAAAGAAGGAGGAUUAAAUAUUAUCAGUGAGCCAAGACAAGUCUUCAAAAAUAAAGAACUAUUUUCAAAAUACUAUGACACUCCUACAACAUGCUGAUGGCUUGGUACUGACACUGCUGACUUUGUGAGUGGAUAUGUCUCUCCUAACAUUAUUAUCUUCGAUGCAAAUACUAAUAUUAAAAAGAGCAUUAUAAAGUUCCAAACCCAAGAUUUUAAAUCGAUGACUCAGCAACAGUCUAACAAGAUUAUUUACAACAGCCAGCUAGACUUAAUCAUUUCAGGUCAUGAGGAUAAGGAAAUCAAGCUUUUUGACAUAAAAUCUGCCAGCUGCAUCAAAAGUUUCGUUGCUCAUACGGAUAGCGUUAGCGCUUUAUCAAAUUCUAACAACGGCUAUUACCUAAUUUCAGGAAGUCAUGAUGGAACUCUCAGAUGUUGGGACAUUAGAAGGCAGCAAUGACUUUAUGACAUCCCUGCCCACAGAAAGAAAUACGAUGAAGGGAUUAACUACAUUGCUUCACAUCCUCAAGAGAAUGUGUUCGCGUCUUGUGGAGCUGACUCUAUUAUCAAAAUACUGUCAGCUCCUCACCUUGAAAACUGAGAGAAUGAUCUUGAUAUUUCAUAUCAACAUUCUCUUUUAUAGGUCAGGACAAAGUUACCACCGUAACAGCCAAACUAAGUUUUUAGUUUCA